ACGCCCCAAAAGGAAACUACGACGAUGUUUUGGCCGCUUCUCCUGGUGCUGCCACUGCUGGCCGAGGGUGCUUCCUCAGGCAGUGUGGGCUGUGUACUGCCAGCUGCCUCCACUGAGACGUUCUACAUGACUACCGAGGAGAAGCCGUGGUACCAACAGUACCAGUACCAGGUACCCGGCCUGUUUGACCUGGGCUGCGUCACGUACGUCCAGUCUCCUGGGGAGAGCGACACCGAGAUGUAUCUCACUGGGAACUUCAGUAAGGCUCCUCUAUUUCCUCUGAACAGCAAUGUGUCAGUCAUCGGGAACAAGCUGGACAAGGUCUACGAAGGCGUAUGGGAAUCUUUGCUGAGCGGACCGUACAACGUGGUGUACUCACACGAGGACUUCAUCAUGGACCACUACUGUUUUCUAGGAUACGAAGUGGCCCAAAUCUUCACAACUGUCAAGGAACCCAGCGACGAGUUGAUGGAGCAGAUCUGGGACGUUGUCGAUAAUCACACUGAAGUAGACAGGUCUAAAUUCACUAAAGUGGUCUGUUAAUGCUGUACAUGUGAUCAAAAAUUCACUACACUUCUGUAUAAAAUUUGUUUAUCACCGUAAUGUUUAAAUUCAUAUGUCACUAAUUAAAGAUGUUAAGUAAAAAGGAUUAUUGUGAAUUAUUGGAACUGUUUAUAAUUAGGUGAAAUUUCGAAAUACCCUUGAUAUAGAAUCGAAAGGACUAUGAUAAAAGGACUGUUAAUUGUGACAUCAGAUACAGAGUCGGGAAAAAUUAACUUUUACAUACAAAAUAUUCGCAAUAUACAUCAAAAUUAGGUAGGGAAGUAUACAUUGGAAGUGCGUUAUUCCUUUGUUUAGCGUCUUUAGAUUUUGGAGGUUAGUAGCUCCCCUUGACUUGGUAUCAAUUAUUCCGUUAAAAAUGUUUACGUAUUACAAACCUGGUGAUGCAAUGAAAUGUCUUGAGUGUGCUUUGGAGAUCAAUUGGAAAGUGUUUUCCAUAAUCUAGAAGUCUUUGGUCAUCUCUGAUAGUCUCUAUUAUAGUUAUAACAAUGUGUCAGCAAUAAAAAAUGUUGAAAAUGUG